AUGGCUGACGAAUCUGUACCUGAGACGACCACCGGAGAGUCUCUUCUGACGGUGCCCAGCUCUGACGCGCAAAGCCAGCUCACCGUCGCUGUUGACGAACUCCUCGCAAAUUUGGAAGUCAAGUUCGAUGCUAUAAAUAAAGAAAUGAUUGAAAAAUUAGAAGAUAUGGCCCGCCGUAUGGAUGAGCUCGAAGCAUCUUUUGUCUCAUCAGGAAUUGCUACCGAAUAG